AUGGAGCCACCACCAUUAUUACUACCACCUGAACACCCUUCUUCCGAUGCUGCUCAUUCCAACAUUCCACCGCCUACAAUGCCACCAUCCUCAGACAUAGAAUCUGAUGAUGACAUAUUUGAGGUUGAUGAAGUAACGGAGGAUAGGCUUGCACAGUCUUGGGAUUUAACUCUUGUUGGUUCAAUCUUGCUAGGGAAACCAUACUGCAAGCAAGCAGUUACUGAGGCACUUAUAGCAACAUGGAACACGAAGUUCUCAGUCUCAUCACUCUACAAGGAUACUUAUAUGUUUCACUUCCAACAUGCGAUGGACAUGCAAAAUAUACUUGGCGAAGGGCCAUGGUUCGUUGCAGGUAAUCUUAUCAUCCUUGAGAAAUGGGUUGCUUCUCGAAGCUGGAAGUUUGAAGUUACUGAUUUCUGGAUCCAAUUCCAUGCUCUUCCUGAGGAGUUUAUGGACUUGGAGAUUGCAGCUAAACUGGCUAAGAAGGUAGGAACACCCUGGAAAGUGAUGUUGAUUAAUGGGUUUAGAGGAGGGCAACAAUUGUGUUAUCUUCGUGCGAGAAUCACAUUGAAGAUUCUAAAGCCCUUGAAAUCAUCCAUCAUGCUCAAGAGAAGAGAUGGAACACAAUCUAUUAUCGAAGUCCGUUAUGAGAGGCUUCCGUUAACUUGCUUUUGA